GGUGCGGCGCAUGCGUGCUGCGUUGCCCCAGGCCUGCCGCGGCCGCAGUCACUUCCUGCCCUUGCGCCCAUCCGGCUCCGGGGUCGCGUCGCGCGGCCGCUUGGGCGGGACGGGCGACGGUAACUUUCAGUCGGGACGCCGCGGGAGCGCUUCCCUUUCCCCCUCCUCCUCGGUGGAGGCAGGGUCGGCGCAGCUGCCCCUGAGAGAACUCGCUCGGCGCCCGCUGUCACCUGCCGCCGCACGGAGAGCCUCGAGCGUCUGGCGCCAUCCUCUCGCUUUCCUCCCGCGCGCACUGCCAUCCCGUCCGAGAGGAGCCGCCGCCGCCGCCGGGCGGGGGGCGCUUGGUGGGCUAACCGCCGCCUUCCUCCUGCUCCUCCGCCGGCUGAGCUGGCGGCUGCCCGUCUUCCAGGAGCCUCGCAGAAACAAGCUACUGAAUGUAGAAGGAAAGCAAGUCGUUGAUGUAGAAAAUGCCUCUUAGGGACAAGUACUGUCAGACUGACCAUCACCAUGGAUGCUGUGAACCAGUACGUGUGCUGGAACCUGGGGAUCCACCUUUAUUACAGCAGCCUUUUCACACAUCAAAAUCUGGAAUCCAGCAGAUUAUUGAAUGUUUUCGGUCAGGAACUAAACAACUUAAGCACAUUUUGCUAAAAGAUGUGGAUACCAUUUUUGAAUGCAAAUUCUGCCGCAGUCUCUUCAGAGGACUACCAAAUUUAAUAACUCAUAAAAAAUACUAUUGUCCACCAAGUCUUCGGAUGGAUGACAACUCUCCUGAUAUAAAUGAUAAACAGAGUCAAGCCAUAACUGAUCUCCUAGAAGCUAUGUAUCCAAGAGUGAACAAGCAAGACUAUAUAAUACGUUUGGAACCUAUAGAAACAAACCAGAAUGCUGUAUUUCAGUAUGUUUCAAAGGCAGAUAGCUCAGUGGAGAACACUGAAACACACACUGUUCCUGACCAAGUUUCUGUAGAAACACCAGAACAUACAACAGAACUUCCUAAAACAGCGUCAGCUGCUUCAGAAACAAAAACUGAAGAGACUCCUCCUUCAGUUGUUAACAAGACAAUAUCAGCUCCAGAAGAACCUGCCCCAUUGUCAAAACCUGAAUUAGAAUGUGAUAAUAAUUCUGAUUCUGUUCAUCAAUUAAUUUGUUGUCUGUGUAAAAAAGAAUUUCAUUCCAGACGCAGCGUACGUCGUCAUAUUAGGAAAGUGCAUAAAAAAAAGAUGGAAGAACUGAAGAAAUUUAUUCAAAUUAAAAAAAGGCCAAAUCAGACAUCUGGACGGGGUCGCAAUAAGAAUGUUCUGGUAACGUUGGGUAAAAGCUGUCCUUUGUGUAUUAAAUCAUUUGCUACAAAAGCCAAUGUAAGAAGGCAUUUUGAUGAAGUUCAUAGAGGACUGAGAAGGGAUUCUAUAACUCCUGAUAUAGCUACAAAACCUGGACAGCCUUUGUCCUUGGACAAAACUUCUGCAAAGAAACCUAAGACACAGAAACAAAAGCCUUCAAAAGCUGAGUACAGUUUAACUGCUUGCAAAUGCCUCUUGUGUAAGAGGAAAUAUAGUUCCCAGGUAAUGCUUAAAAGGCAUAUGCAAAUUGUUCACAAGAUAACUCUUUCUACUAAGAAUCCUAAAAGAGAGAGAAAGCCGAAUAAUGCUGUCAAUACAGAAGUGAAAGUGAAAAUCGAGCCAAAAGAACCUGCGGAAACUGUGCCUUCCGUUUUCAGUUCUUUGCAGAAUGAAGUAAAGGGAAUGAAUAAUCCCAAUGAAAGAAAAAACACCUCACCCACCCAGAGAAAGAAUGCAGGAUCCAGUGACAAAAAGAAAACAUCAUCCACUGAACGAAAAGGUGUAUCAUCCACUGGAAAAAAGAAUGUGACUUCAGCUAAAAGAAAUAAAGUUAAGCAGAUCUCUCAGAAUAAGUCAAAUAAUCAGUCUCUUGCAAGUGGUCUGAAAAAGCCCAGGAAGCCAAGGCUUUCAGUUGGCUUUGAUUUUAAAAAGCUUUACUGUAAACUCUGUAAACGCCAAUUUACUUCUAAACAAAACUUAACAAAACACAUUGAGUUGCACACAGAUGGAAAUAAUAUAUAUGUUAAAUUCUAUAGGUGUCCCCUCUGCACUUACGAAACACGCCGAAAGCGUGAUGUGAUAAGACACAUAACUGUAGUACAUAAAAAGUCUUCACGUUACCUUGGUAAGAUAACUGCAAGUUUAGAAAUCCGAGCAAUAAAAAAACCUAUUGACUGUGUUCUAAAUAAGGUGGUAAAAAGAGGCCCUCAGAGGGAUGAAGGUAAACAGAAUGGUUCAAAACAGGACAUUACCUCUAACUCAUCGAAUAAAAAAUAUGAAGGAACUGAUGUUGGCAUUGAAGUGAAAGUCACAAAAAACUUUUCUCUGCACAGAUGCAAUAAAUGUGGAAAAGCAUUUGCCAAAAAGACUUUCCUAGAACAUCACAAGAAAACUCAUAAGGCAAAUGCAUCACAUUCACCUGAAGAAGACAACAAAACCAAAGGCAGAAGUACAAGAUCUAAAGCUCUUGUCUGUUGAAGAAUACUAGUGCCUUCUUAAAUAUUUGCCUAAAUUUUCCAUUGGUACUUAGAGCGCAAUCACAGUUUUUUAAUGGAUCUAAUGCUGCAAAAGGUAAAAGAAUAUUGCAUUUAUUAAAAACAAAGUGUUUGAUUUAAGAUUUUUUUUCAGGACACUGAACCUAAAUCAGGUUGAGUUGUACACACUUGGUUCUUCAAAGUUUAAUAUUAUGUAUCAGUAUCUGCAUAAUAUUUAGUUAUGGUUCCAUAGUUCCAAAUGUUUUUUAAAAUUAACUUUGCACUUCAUUGAUACUGACCAGGCCAGAAAGCAUAUUUGAACUGAAGAUGAUCUAUGGGUGUGAUGUUGCCUGAGUAUGGUUGGUUUGAUCUGUUAGGAAAUAUUUUUGGAAUAGAAUUUUUGAAAAAAUGUCAAUAUACUUGUGAGUAUUUUAAAAUAAUGGUAUAUAACUCUUAAACUCCAGAGUUAAUACUUUUGUAUUUAAAACACCAUUUCUUUGUUACUAGGAGAAGAUAGUCACUCAUAAAAAUCUUGUUUUAUUUGAGGAAUAUUUUUUGGUACUUGGUUAUUUGUAUCUGGAAUUUUAACUUUUUUUUUUUUUACAGAAUUGGACUGGAUAGGGGUAUCAGCCUAUUUUAUGUAAUGAAAAUGUAGAGCGGUUCCAAAUUAACUUGCUUGAAUUGGGCAACCAACAGUUAAGGAGAGAAUAGUGUUUUUAAAUUCUAUGUCAGACAAAAGUUGUUUCAUUUCUAAGAGACAUAUGAGUGUAUCUCAGUAAGCAGAUGCAAAGGCUCCAUUAAUUGAAGGUAGCUUCAUAAAAUUAAAUUACUUGUGGAUUCUGGUAUUGUUAAAAGAUUAUGUAAGACAAGCUUCUAGGUAUUUGAAAGCUAUUCUCAGGUUGGUUGAAAGUUUUCUGGACAGGUUAGUUAGUUUUUGUUUCGUUUUUGUUCUUUUUAAAAACCACAUAAUAAAGAGAUGGGUCUCUGAAUCAGUGAUGAUCUGGACUCUUGACCUGUAGCUUCCUUUUCUCCCAACCUAGAGGGGGAUUCUUCAGCCAAUGAGGGAAGUGAUGCAAAUAGAAGACAGAAUUUUUAGUAAUAGUGUCUCUUCCCACUCUGUGGAUAGAAGUUUCUAUUGGAUCAAAGAGUUAUGGAUAUAUGGAUACCAAUUGAAUGCAUCCCAUUUUUACCCAAUUAAACAAUCAGCUUAUCAGAGAAAGUUAGUCUGACUUCUGUGUGGUAAGCUUAUAUGCUGCCUACUAACAAAACACUUAUAAAAUUGACUAAAGGUUAUAUUAUAUACGUAUUUCUCCUUAGCUCAAAUGAUGUGAUAAGAUUUGGAAUUAGAACCACUACAUUCUUGAGUAGUACUAUGAGAAUAAAUAAGCUAUUUUCUUAUUAAAUGUAUUGACUGUUAAACAAUGUAACAUCUUGUCCAACAUUUUCAACAAUUAAAAUGUGUUAAAAAUAACAUUUAGAACUGAAAACCAGUUGUUUUACUUGAUGCAGUUCUGGAGUGCUAAUAAUGAAAUGAACAUUUUAAAAAGAAAGUUUGCAAACAUGUUUAAAUGAAAUUAUUAUCCAGAACAUGUGUUUCAUAGGUGUGGUCCCUACUUAAUUCUGAUUUUACUGAAAAGUUUUUAUGUUCAUUGUGAUAUACUACUAAGCAAAUGCUUUGUGAUGUACUUAAAAUAUUUUUAUAUAUAAAUGAAUGUAUAUGAGCAGUUUUCUUAGUAUAAUUUGAAUGAAUUGUAAUCUAGCAUUUGCUUUAAUUUCAAUUCAUGGUUGAGUAAUUUUGGGGGGUAAUAAAUUUGAACUGUACUGAACUUGCUACAAAAAUCUAUAGUGAUUUUGCAUGAUUAGCAUAUUCAACAGUUUUUCAUAUGGAAGUUUACAAGCUACCCACAUUCCCCUAUUUUAAUUGUUCUUUUUUUAAAAAAAUAAAAUAAAAUUAUACACAAGCACUUUAAUAGCCGCAGUUUAAUUUUUUUUUUUUUGUGAUUACUUCUAAAGACAUUACACUAAUAUUCUUGUGAAGAUAGCAGUCUUUUUUGUAGUAAAUUCAUAUUCAACCAUUUGUUUUGUAGUAUUUUAAUUAUUGCCUAAGAAAAAUAGUGCAAGGAAUUUUUUGUUUUGCCCACAAAAUGUUGAAUGACCACUGUAGGUAGCACUUGACUUUUUUGUAAUGUUUAUAAGAGGCUUGCUCAUUCUUGUCUAUUUUAUAAUCAAUUCUAUAGCAAAACGGUAGUACUCCUUCCAUUAUGAAUUUUUUGGCAAGUUUGUGUGCCUUUUUUUAAAUUUUAGAAAAUGUUUAGUGAUUUGUGUCAAAUUGCCAGAUGCUGAACAUCAGAAGAAAUGCCAUUUAUAAAAUAUUGGUUGACUCCCUUACUAAGGGAAUGCCUUGUGUCCAUAUAAACUUUUUGUAUAAAAUAUAUCUAAAAAUGUUGAUCAUAAAUAAAAAAAAUAUUCUUUUAUGAAUAUAUAUAAGUGUUUGGCCUUUUAGUGCUUUGCACUAAAAAAAUGAAUGGAAAAUGGACUGUAACUGUUGCUGGAAAUGUUCUAUGUUGAAUGUACAUGCUUGGAUAAAUGUACUUUAUUUGAAUAAACUGGAAGUUGUUUCAGGUAAA